AUGAAUUCAGGUUGUCCCUGUACAGACCAUUUGCUGGGAAAUGGAAACUGUGAAGCAUACUGCAAUGUUUUAGCGUGCAAUUGAGAUAAAGGUGAUUGUAAUGAGUCCAAAGAUCCUGCAGACAUCACAAUGAUACUCAUUAUCGUUCUGGUGCCAACAUUUAUCUUGAUCUUAGCGUAAACGUCAACAUAGGAUUUUUAUAUGCAUUGUAAGAUGCUUUCUAAAAAGAAAAAGCAAUUCUCACAGACACGAAAUUUCAAUAGCUCAAGAAGGUGACGAUUUUAUAUCAAAGUUAAGCUUCGAAAAGCUUGCUUCUUUUCCAGCAUACACAGGAAACUUGUCUAGUGAAAGCGUUCUUAUUUGCGCUAUCUGUUUAGCAGAACUACAAAAGGAUGAAAAUAUUAUAAUAACAAAAUGUCUUCAUGAAUACCAUGAAGAAUGCAUGAAUCAAUGGAUAAAUUCAUCCAAAAAUAAAAUAUGCCCUUGCUGUAGGAAAAAAGUUUAA